AAUUAACUUCUUAAACACACGCCAAAUCAAGAAAAUUCUGCAGAAAAAAAAGAAGUGAAAAUGGUAUCUUUACAGUGACGGCAGAUCUAUGAAAAGAUAAUGGCUUCUUUCUAAAGGUAGUCUGGGGGUGAAAAAGAAAAAGGGAGAAACGAGGCCCAUAUUUUCUGAGGGUCACAGUUCACAGCCCUCUUGUCUGAACAUUCAUAAUUCACCCCUUUCUCCCAAAGAUUUUCUACCGAUGAAUCUGGGUUUGAACCUAUAGAUACAGGGAAUUGUUGACUUUAGAGAAGAACAAAGAAAAUGGUGUUCAUUACUGAAGAUAACAUCAAGCAGUUCAGAACUAUGAUGGAAAAAACUGAUGAACCACUAAAGAAGACUUUCCAGAAUAUACAUCAAGGGUACCCCACUGAGAAUUUGGUGAGAUUUCUGAAAGCAAGGGAUGGGAAUGUCUCCAAUGCGUAUAAAAUGCUGAUUGAUUGCUUGACCUGGAGGAUACAAAAUGAAAUUGAUAACAUAUUGGCUAAGCCAAUUAUCCCUGCUGAGUUGUAUAGAGCAAUACGGGAUUCUCAGCUUGUAGGAUUAUCUGGAUACUCAAAAGAGGGUCUUCCUGUCAUUGCUGUCGGUGUAGGGCUCAGCACAUUCGACAAAGCAUCUAUUCACUACUAUGUCCAGUCACACAUCCAAAUGAAUGAAUACAGAGAUUGUGUGAUUUUACCUUCCGCAUCAAAAAGAUUUGGGCGAUACAUUGGCACUUGCAUAAAGGUUUUGGACAUGACUGGUUUAAAAUUUUCUGCACUGAAUCAAAUUAAGUUGUUGUCUGUAAUAUCUACCAUUGAUGACCUUAACUAUCCAGAGAAGACAGAGACAUAUUUCAUAGUUAAUGCCCCAUAUAUAUUCUCGGCAUGUUGGAAGGUUGUGAAACCUCUUUUGCAAGAGAGAACAAGGAAGAAAGUGCAGGUUCUUUCAGGCUCUGGAAGAGAUGAAUUAUUAAAGAUUAUGGAUUAUGAAUCUCUCCCACAUUUUUGUAGAAGAGAAGGAUCAGGAUCAUCUCGGCAUUCUAGGAAUGGAACAGUUGGUGAUUGUUUUUCUUUUGAUCACUCCUUCCAUCAGGAACUGUACAACUAUAUUAAGGAGCAAGCUGCACUCAGGAAGCCUGCUGCACCAAUCAAACAGGGUUCAUUUCACGUGGAUUUUCCCGAGCAUGGUCCAGAAGAUGUCAAAAUUGCUGAAACUAUUGAAUCUGAGUUUCAGAGACUUGGGGAUCAAAACCGGCUUUCUCAUUCAUUACACGAGCUUAAGAUAAAUGGGGACUGAAGCUGGAUGAAAAUUAAUAUGCAUAGGCUGAUGCCUGUGUUCCUCUGAUGGCCUACUCUUAGAAUGGCUUUUGGAGACUUGCAUUAUCUGUAUGUAGGUUUGGGGGCUAACUCAAAAUUACAAGUUGAUCCACCUUAUCAAUCAGAAGUUUUUGGAUAUUCCAAUACUCAAAUGGAAGUUCAUUUAUAGUAUUUAAUGUACUCAACAGUGAUAUUGUUGCCUUUAUAAAGUUCAUUUCACACUUCA